CCUUUUGAAACUGUCCUUUGUGCUUUCUAGGACUGAAUUAUGGAGAAAAGAAAAAGGUACAGCUUAUCGUGACCUACAUCCAUCUAUAGAUUCAACACAAAGUGUUCCAAAACACAAUAUACAAAAAGACAGUCUUGUUGAUCAAGCAGCACUCCAGAAAAUUUCUGCGCUUGAAGAUGAGCUAACCUUUCUUCGUGCUCAGAUUGCUGCGAUUGUUUCAGCGCAGACAUCGGGAAGCAUUCCGUCACAAACCUUUAAAACAUUCAGCAUUCCAGAUGGAUUUUACCCAGUGCCAGCCAUGACUUCUACGCCAUUGUCCGUCUCUCACAAUCACUUUGUAAUUCCCUCGCCUCCUCCACUUCCUUCUGGUGUACCAUCUGGUGUCGAUGCUAGUAAUUCGGCAAUUGAACUUAUAAAAAAGCGUCGUGCUUCGAGAAACAGUGGUUCAACUGCAGCUGAUAGUGCUGAUCACCAGAGGACAAAGAAUAUUCCUAGUAUGAUGGAUGUUUUGAAAGACCUAAACAAGGUUCAGUUGCGAGCUAUUGAGAGGUCACCUGGAGGUACUCCUCUUUCUAAACCCAAAAAGAGGCAAAGUUCAGAUUGGGAUCCAGUUGCUCUACUAACUCAUGCACUGAAGCAGAAAUUUGCACAUAAAAAUGAUGAUGAAGAUGAUUCCCUGGACAAAGAAAACCGAUCUUUUGAUAGCUCUCCAUUUUCUAGUCCAGAGAUCCCACUGGUUGGACGUUGCAGUCUGAAGUCAAAUGCAAAAUCUAGUCUUAGGAGAACUGAUGAAGUUAAACAGGUACCAACGUGGAAGGUGAAAGCUCAUAUUUAACAGAUGGAGACUUCUGAGGAAACUUCAUAGUGUGUGUAAGUGGCAGGUCCACUUUGAAACUGCUGUAAGGUGCUGUAAUGUGUUGUA